UCCUGCCUUCCAAGGACAAACAGCGGUAAGAGGUCAGUGUCCAGCGCCACCCUCGCAGUGUCACUGAGGCCUUAUCACCCAGACAUUCACCCGGCUGAACUGAGGCUGACCACCAUGUCCAUGCAGAUGGCCUUCCUGCUGCUCUGGGGUUUCUCCCUGAGCCCAGCAACACAAGCAGCCGUAGUAAUCGAGACACAGCCGAUACUGUGGGCAGAGGCAGAAUCGCUGCUGGAACCCUGGGCCAACGUGACACUGACAUGCCGGGCCCGCCUGGAGACCCUGGAUUUCCAGCUGUUCAGGGAUGGGGUGCCCCAGGAGCGUGUGCACCUUGAUUUAAUCACCACGCAGCACCAGUUCCCACUAGGAGCGGUGACAGGUGACAACCAGGGCCUCUACCGCUGCCGCUCUGGCCUGGACAGUGGAUGGACCCAGCUGAGCAACCUGCUGGAGGUGACUGGGGCAGAGUCCCUGCCCGCCCCCCUGCUGUCAAGCAAGCCGGUGUCCUGGAUCGCACCGGGCCUGAACACCACCCUGCUGUGCCGCGGUGGACUUCGGGGUGUGACCUUCCUGCUGAAGCGGACGGGCGAUGACCAGUUUCUGGAGGUGGCUGAGGCCCCUGAGGACGUGGAGGCCACCUUCUCAGUUUACCAGGCUGGCAACUACAGCUGCAGCUACCGGACCCAUGCAGCUGGCACCCCCUCUAAGCCCAGUGCCACUGUGACUGUGGAGGACCUGGCGGCAUUGCCACCGCCCAAGUUGAGUGUCAACAGAGAGUCUGCAGAAGUUUUGCGCCCUGGUGAGGGAGCCACCCUGGUCUGCCAGGCGCCCCUGAGCAGCGUGAACUUCCAGCUGCGACGCGGCAAGGAGGAGCUGCACGUGACCAUGAGCAGCACCAGCCCGGACCGCGUCUUCUUCCAGCUGAACGCGUUGGCCUUGGGGGACAGCGGACUCUACACCUGCCGCUACCGCCUGAACGACGAGCUCACACCCUGGUCCGCAGACAGCUCGCCGGUCGAACUCCUACUGAGCGAUGAGACGCUGCCUGGGCCCGAGCUCUCGGCAGAGCCAGCGACCCUGAGCCCUGCGCCCGGUGCACUGGUGCAGCUGCUGUGCCGCGGGCCCCGGGCGGGUUUGCGCUUCGCCCUGCUGCGCGAGGACGGGGCGAGUCACCGGGUCCACGGUCUCCAGAGCCCCGCCGGGGCUGAGGCCCGCUUCGAGCUGCGCGACGUCUCGCUGGUGGACUCGGCCAACUACAGCUGCGUCUAUGCGGACACGGCGCCGCCUUUCGCGGGCUCGGCGCCCAGCGCGCGCGUGGAGCUGCGGGUGGACGGGCCCCUUCCCAGGCCGCAGCUCCGGCCCCUGUGGAGUGGGGCUGUGAGUCCGGGCCAUGAUGCUGUCCUGCGCUGUGAAGGCCAUGUGCCCGAGGUCACCUUUGAGCUGCUGCGGGUGGGUGAAACGGUGGCUUCGACCACACUCUGGGUCACCCACCCCUCCGCGGACCUUGUGCUGACUUACGUGGGACCCCAACAUGCUGGCAACUAUAGCUGCCGCUACCGUUCCUGGUGGCCCAAGCCCUUUCUGUCUGAGCUCAGCAACCCGGUGGAGCUCCAGGUGGCAGGAAGUUGAUGGAGCUGCAGACCCAGGCUGCUGAGGAUAUCCUGGAGAAGUACUUCCUCAUCUGGCUCUGAUCCUUUUUGCUGCAGCCAGAGGCUGGACUCCCCCCCUGGGGGCAGUGGGCAGGAAGGCUCUCCCUAAUUCCUCCUAGGAACCAAUAAAUGUGAUGAGAGACUUUAAAA